AUGAAAAUAACAUAUUUGUCUCAGGCAUUAGCCAAAAUCAUAGAUGAAGAAUUAAUGAGUGAUGCUGUUGGAUACACAACUAGCCAAUUGAUGGAGCUAGCUGGACUUUCGAUCUCACAAAUAAUUUUCAAAAAUUAUGAUCUUGUAAAUUUUAAAAAAAUUAUAAUUUGUUGUGGCCCUGGUAAUAAUGGAGGUGACGGAUUAGUAGCAGCUCGUCAUUUGAAAGAAUUUGGAUAUGACGUCACAGUUGUUUACCUUAAGGAAAAUAAUAAAAUUUUAUUCAAGGGUUUAUUAAAAUUACUUGAGCAUUAUGAAAUUCCUGUUUUGAGAUCAAUAACACUGGAUGAAAUGUGUAAUUAUAAUUUAAUUGUGGAUGCAAUAUUCGGUUUUAGUUUUUCCGGUGAGCCUCGUAGCCCUUUUGACGCCUUGAUUAAUAUGAUUAACAAUUCAAAAAAAGUAGUUGUAUCAAUCGAUGUCCCAUCAGGUACAAACAUAGACAAAGGGGGAAAAAACGGAAAACUAUGUGUUGAGUCAGAAAUGAACAUAUCAUUAAUGCUACCUAAAGAAGGGCUAAGGAAUUAUACAAAAAAACAUUUCUUAGGAGGACGAUUUUUACCAGCUUCUAUAAUAAAAAAGUAUAAUUUGGAUGUACCUCAUUUCGAAGGAUACAAUUCAUACACUCAAUUGUAG